AUGAUAAACAAGAUUAUUAUUGGCGCCCUUGGGCUUGCCGCCAGCGUGGCCGCAACUCCAUUGGAGCUUGUCGAGCGAAGCUCGUGCAGAGACGACAGUCUAUACAAGUGCUUUGCUGAUAGAGAAUACUCCCAUUCAGCAUCUGCAUACUGCUCUGCGCUGACUCCGGUUACAAAAACAGUAACUGUGGUAAAACCCACGGUAACAAAGACAGCAUGGGUCACUAGCACUGCCAAUCCAUCAACCGACUUCGUCAGCUCUACAACCACUAUUUACACAGCGACGGUUCCUUCUUUAUUAGAAACGAUAACCAAGACAGAAACAGAGAUGGCGACGUCAACAGCAACCCAGAGCGUAACAACGACAGUAACUGUCACUGGUAGUCAGAACCAGCAACCACCGCCUACCACAACACUUGCUCCGUUAAAACGUGGCGCUCAAGGAGGAAAACCAGAGCCGCCAAAGUGUAUGGUCACCAAAUGCUUCGUGUACUCUCCCGAGCGCAUCACAGCGGGCUGCAGCUGUAUUGGUGUUCCGCCUAAGACGGUUACAAUCUCUCAGACGGCGCCUUGCUCGACUGUUACAGUGACCUCGACCUCAGUGACGACACCUCACGUUACAGCAACAGCAUGGCAAACCGUAGCGACAGAACUCACCGAUGGCGUUUCAACUACCACAGCCACCACUACAGCCACUGUCUCUACUACCGUCACAACGACUGCUACCACGACCGCCACCGUCACUGUCUCGCCUCCGGCACAGAACCUCGUCCCCAACGGCGAUUUCUCCUCUGGUUUGACCGGAUGGACCGUCAUCAAUAGCUCUCCAUCCGCAUGGGUGAACGCAGGGGUGGGCACCUCGGGUAGUCCAGACGGUAUUUCCAAUGCUUACCACAUUACCAACAUUGGGCCCACUGGACAGUAUUUUAUGGCCAGCCCUUCCUUUGGAUUAAACCCAAGCUCCUCAUACAGCGAAUCUUUCAUGGUCGCCUCAACGAGCACCGAUAGCAGCUUGGUGGGUAGUGUUCAUGUCCAACUCAACUGCGGCUCGAUUACUGUGGUGGAUACGUAUUUGAGCCAGGCGACACAAGAUGCAAGUGGCUACUAUAUCAUCUCGACGAACUUCAACACUGCCGCUACAACUGAUCCUAGCACUGUGGACCAGUUGGGUAGGUGUCAGCUGCAGUUUGUUAUCCCUCAUUCUUCGCAGCCUCCAGUUACAUGGUUCCUAGCCAAGGUUUCUGUUGCGUCGACCGGUGCUAGUUCGCCUUAA